CGUGCAACAAGUCCCGGCUUGAACAGAUGGUUUCUGGCGCGAAAUCUAGCGCAACACUGCGUAUAGAAUGUAGAUGGAGGCCAAUGUUCCCAAACCAUCGAAAGUAUCGGAGGUAUAUAUUUAUACGUAAUUGAAGCUCACAGUUUGUUUAUUUUUUUGGUUAUUCUCGAGUUUCAAAGCAUCGAGCAAAUUAUGAGCAGAUUGUUUCGUGAUCUUUGUGUAUAAUGGACGAAGACUUUGAUAUCUAUGGGGAUUUGGCAAGUAUUCAUGAAAAUGAGAACGAGAUUGGAGAGGAAGAGCACGCCAACAAGUUGAAGGAGGUAAAGGAUAACUUGGAGAAGGAAUUGCAUGAAUUGAAAUUAAGACUGGUAAAACUUGAAGGUCAAAACUGCCUGCUCAAGACCAAUUUUUCCUCUUUGAUUAAGACUGCCAAAGCUGAGAUUUCCAGAAAAGAUCGUACAAUAACGGAUUUAAGGACAAAGUUAGACAACUUUACCUUUCGAAGGAAUCCGCAUCGAAAAGUUGAGCCAACUUUACCUCCUCCAUUGAUACCACCAGUCAUAGAUCCUCUUGCUCAAUUCCAAGACAUAAUUAAUAACAAAUUUAGUUAUCCUCCUCCUUCGUUGAACUUACCUCUUAAUGGCCUUCUCUCCAACAACAAUCAAUUCUCUUUUCCGCCUCCACCAAUCACUUUUUCCACCAAUGAUAACCAUCACAAGGAAAAACAAGAAGAAGUUUAUGAGGAUCAUAUGAGCCCCGUAGAAGAAUACAUUGGUGCUGAAAGCAAAUCUGAUAGUGAAGAUGUAAAGGUUAAACAAGAAUAUCCAAAAACUCUAUAUGGGGAAAGAUUACGAAAGAAACUCUUGGCAGAACAAGAGAAUGAAAGAAAACAAAAGGAAGCCGAAUCAAAAAAUAGGGAAGAAGAUAAGAAAAUUGGAAUUCAGCAAGAAGAGGGCAAGAGUAAUGAUAUGAAGCAACAUGAAGAGCAGAAAAAUAGAGCAAGGCAAGAGGAAGACAAGAGAAACGAGUUGAAGAGACAGGAAGAAAAAAAGACUGAACUAAGACGACAAGAAGAAAGUAGACGUCAGGAAGAUAUGAAAACUGAACAAAGGCAGCAAGAAGAAAGGAGAAAUGAAAUUAGAUGUCAGGAGGAAAAAGAAAAAGAGCAAAGAUAUAAAGAAGAAAUGAAAAAUAAAGCAGGACAAAGUGAGGAAAUAAAAAACGAGAUAAGACAUCAACAGGGAGAAAAGAAAACUGAAAUUAGAAAACAAGAGGACAAGAGAAGUGAAAUUAGAAGACAGGAAGAACAUAGAAUUAAAAUUAAGCAAGAGGAAGACAAUAAAAACGAAAUAAGGCAGCAGGAAGAAAAGAAGGCUGAACUAAAAAAAGAAGAUGAAAGGAGAAGUGAAAUCAGACGACAGGAGGAUAAGAAAAGAGAGCAAAGGUAUCAAGAAGAAAUGAAAAACAGAAUGAAGCAAGAAGCAGAGGAAAAGAGAAACGAAAUAAGAAGAAAAGAAGAAAAGAAAAAUGAAAUUAGAAAGCAGGAAGAAAUAAGCGAAAUGAGAAAAAAAGAACCACAGAAAAAUAAAACAAGACUAGAGGAAGAAAAUAAAGAUGAUAGAAGGAAAUAUGAAGAAAAGAGAACAAAAGGAAAAUAUCAUAACAAGAAUUGUGACAUGAUCAAACAAGAAAUAAGCAUAAUGGAGGAAAAAUUACGAGAGAAAAAUAUUAAACAAGAAGAUGUCAAAGUAAAGAGUGAAUUUGUUGACCAAGCAAAUAAUAAAGAAAAUCGCCAUUUAUUUGUUAAUAAAUCAACUCAAGGACUUGCUAAUAAUCGAGAUAGAAACAAAACAUUAGAUCUUGGUGGAAUUCCUAGUGAUCUUGUGAUCCAAAAAGAUAUUUCAAGUUUUGAUGAACAUAUAGGCACAAAUGGUAGUCAUAUAUCUAGUAAAAACUAUACAAAUAAUCGAAAUCACGAUGAUUAUUAUGAUUCUUUGAGACGCAAAGAUUAUAAAAAUCAAAAUCAUAAUGCUCAUAAUUAUACGGAUGAUUGCAGAAGUAAUGACAACCGCAAAAAUAAUACGAAGGAAGAAUUUCACAGGCAUAGUAGGCGUGAUAUGCAUCAAAAUAAAAGAGACCAUCAUAGAAGCUUUCAUAAAUCAAGUGAUAGGCAAAGAAGUAAAAGUAGUCAUCAGACAGACCGGGAUUCAAGUUAUAAACAUAGAAGCAAAAGUAGUUAUUAUGCAGAUAGAGAUCCGAGUUAUAAACAAAGAAGUAAAAGCAGUAAUCGCCUUAACAAGAAUCCAUUUUAUAGACAUGAUGGACGGAGAAGUAAAAGCAGUAAUCGGAUUAACAGGAAUACAAGUGAUAGAGAUAGAAGUAGUAGCAGUAAUUGCUCUAACCAGGAUCAAAGUUAUCGACCAAGUAGUAGCAGUAAUUGCACUAACAGGGAUCUAAACAAUGGACAAAUAGAUAAAAACAGUAAUCGCUUUAAUAGGGAUCCAAGAAUGAAAAAAGAUGAUUGUAUACCAGCCAGUACAGUUGUAAGUACUUAUAACUGUAGUAGAGCUCCAAGAAUAAAACAAGAAGGUGAUGUGCAAAACAGUGCAACAGUAAGUCCUUAUAACUGUAAUAGAGAUCCAAGAAUAAAGCAAGAAAAUUGUAUUCAAGGUAAUUUAGUAGUAAGUUCUUAUCACUGUAAUAGAGAUCCAAGAAAAAAACAAGAUAAUCGUAUUGAUGUCAACUUCAAACACCAUUCAAAAGAUGAUGCACUAGAAGAUCAAUCAGAGGAAAUGACAAAAAGAAAUCAUGACACAGUGAAAAUUCAAAAGCGCAGAAAACGAUCGAAAUCUGAAGAAGUAAAAUCACCUAGAAAGAAACGACGAAAAGAUGAAGACUUUAUUGAAUCUAUGUUUGCAUCAGAAGCCUAUGGAGUUCCUACAAGAGAAAGUAAUCUGACAAUAUCCAACAAAGAAACAGAGAAGAAUAAGGAAUCUAAAUGCGAAAAAGAUAUUAAUAAGUCAGACAAACAUUCAGCCAAAGUGGUGCAAAUGACAGAUGUAGAAAAAAUAAAAGAUGAACAACAAAAAUCUCUUCCUGACACAGAAACUAAAAACAAUAAUGGAGUAAAAGAUGCAAAAGAAAUACUUCUUGCUAAUGGAUUGACGAAAGAUUCAAACAUUUCAAAUAAGACAAAGCAAGAAAGUAUAGUGCUUAAAACUAAUUAUGCUAAAUAUUUACUAGAUGAUGUAGAAGAAGGAGAAAUUAUAGAUUCACAACCAUCUGAUAUAUUUGAUGAGGAUGAAGAAAACCUAAACAAUAGGUUAAAGGCACUCAAAAAUCAAUUGGCUAAUCUUGAAAACGAAACCAAGACUCAGGAAAGUGACAAAAUGAAUACAAAAUUCAUUGAUCAGCAAUCAAAGCCUGAUAAGCCGAUUAAGAUUGUUAAUUCAAAUAAAGACAUUUGCAAACAAGACAAGAAAGAAAAAGAAAAUAGAAUAUUAAAGAAUCAAGAAAAAGAGAAAUUAGAAGAUAAAUUGCUUUAUUCCUUACUUACUACAGAGAAUCCGAUGUAUUUACAAAAUACUUAUUCUGGCUACAAUAAGAGUACUUCAGAAAAUCCUUUGUUAAGUACCACAAAGUCUUUAGUUCAUGAUUCCAACAUAAACAGCAAACCAAUUGAGAAAAAUUCUAUGCAAAAUUCCACAUUAGAUAAUCUGAAACAAACCAAAACUCGUAAAAAGUCUGAAGUAAAAACUAUUAUGAAACCUUAUGUUAAAGAAGAAGAAAAAUCUAUAGAAAAAUCCACAUUAGAUAAUCCGAAACAAACAAAAACUCGUAAAAAGUCUGAAGAAAAAACUAUUAUGAAACCUUAUGUUAAAGAAGAAGAAAAAUCUAUAGAAAAAUCCACAUUAGAUAAUCCGAAACAAACACAAACUCGUAAAAAGUCUGAGGAAAAAACUAUUAUGAAACCUUACGUUAAAGAAGAAGAAAAAUCUAUAGAAAAAUCCACAUUAGAUAAUCCGAAACAAACAAAAACUCGUAAAAAGUCUGAAGAAAAAACUAUUAUGAAACCUUAUUUUAAAGAAGAAAAAAUUCUGAAUGACCAUUCAACUAAAACUAACACUUCCAUUGAAAAAACUGAAAAUACUAUUGCGGUAAAACCUAUGCAAGAAGCUCCUGCUACCAAACAUGGAAAGAUUAAAGAUGUUAUUGCUAAAUCUACUUUGGAUACAGCACACACACAAACCCAGAAGAAUCCUCCACUUAUCCAUAAAAAUAGCAACGAGAAAAAUGAGAUACAAAAUAAAGCUCAUGAUGAUGUUUCAAAAAUAGAGGACAGAAAAUCCUGUCCAAAUAAAAAGUUUAUAGAAAAUAAACUUAAUACUGACAAAGAGGACAAUACCAAAUGUCAACAAAAUCAUGACGUGGUAAAAAAUAAUUGCACUGAGACAAAGAAAAACAGUUUACAAAAUAAAUCUGAUAAUAAUGAAAUGAAGCAAGAAAAUAAGAAAUAUUGUUCAUUUAAAAAGGUUGUAAAAAGCAAGACAAAUACAGAAAAAGAAGAAAAUGCUGAAUUACACGCAAACCAAGAUGCAGACAAAAAUAAUAGCUGCACUCAGAGAAAGCAAAAUGUCAAAGCUGAGAAGUUGCAAAGUAAAGACACGCAACCAACUAGUACCGAUAAUUCUAAAAAACACGCUUUGAAGCCUGCAGUGGUUUCUGAAAUUCCAGAAAAGAAGAGUAAGAUUGAUCUUGGUGAUGCGAUAAAGAAAAUUAUUCCCAAGUCACAACUUGGUAAAAAUGUAAUUAUUAUAAGACGUCGCAGAAGACCAGUGCAAUUAGCAGAUAGCCCUCCAGUAUUAGUUAUGAAAAAUGAUAGUCUAAAUAAGUCUAAGUAACUUUUUGGACAUCAAAAUGCACAUAUGUACAUACAAAAUUAGUACUUUUAAUUUAAUUACAUCGAGUUUAUAUCUUGUAAACAUGUAUAUUAGUAAGAAAAAACUGUAAAUUAAGAAGUGUAUUAUAUUGUAUCAUAUAGCAUACUCAACUGCUUUGAACCAAAGUAGGGAAGGAAUAAGAAGAAAUCUUCCGUUUUAGUUUUUACCUUUUACACAAAGUACAUUUGUAGUUUUUAUAUUUUUCUAUAAGCUAAGCAAAUGGAGUGUAAAUAAAGUGUGCCCUAUUUUUGUGUUUGUUAAUAUAUGAUUAAAAAUAAA